GUCAGUGUCAGUUCAGUGGUCAGUGCGUUGGCUUGUUGGCUAGGGAGGAGUUAGUCUUUAGCUCGUUAGCUGUGUUAACUGAUAGUAGAAUACGAGAACUUAAAUUGCAGUUAAUUCAUUUACUGUCAUUCACUAAGUCAUUCCUCCCAUAAGUCAUUCACCUACCUAUUUGGUUCAUACCUAUACGAUAGGUUUAUAAAAAGUUAACAUCCUGCAGUAGUUUUUUAAAGCUAGCCUAUCUGAAAAGUUCAUUUAUUACAUUUGGUUAGUCAAAACCGAUAAGUUAGGCUAAAAAUUAUUUUAGGCCUAUGGACAAGAUAUUUUAGGUAGGCUAACAUCUGACUGCAGUUAAUACAGGCUAGGUCAACUAACUAAAAUGACGUACCAGUUAUACAGAAACACAACCAUUGGAAACACACUUCAAGAGAGCCUCGAAGAACUAAUGCAGUAUGGACAAAUCACACCAGGCCUUGCUUUAAAAGUCUUACUUCAGUUUGACAAGUCUAUCAACAAUGCGCUAGCAACCAGGAUGAAAUCUAGAUUGACAUUCAAGGCAGGGAAGCUCAACACUUACAGGUUUUGUGAUAAUGUAUGGACAUUUAUGUUAAAUGAUGUGGAAUUCCGAGAAGUUCAAGAAGUAGCAAAGGUAGACCGAGUCAAGAUUGUUGCCUGUGAUGGAAAAAAUGUUGGAGAUGACAUCGCGAGGAGAUAGAUAACUACAAAUUAAAUAACAACUAUCAUUUUUGGUUUUAAUUGUAUUUAUGAAUUAAAAUUUUAUUUGAAUUUUAAAGAAAGAAAUAAAGUUUUUAUUGUUGUAAGAUUUUAAA